AUGACAAAAACAAAAUUAAAAACUGGCGACCAAGUAAAAGUUAUCACUGGUAAACAUCGCGGAACAAUUGAUUAUAUUUCUCGUUUGGACCAAAAGAAACGAGUAGUCUAUUUAAAAAAA